GGCUCCGGCUGGGCAGGAUUCCGGACAACGCCUGGUUCCUCUCGGGUCCUUCCGGCGUCGCCGGAGUGAAUUGAUCCGGGAGUUGAAGAGGGCUCCGAAGGUGGGAAGCCGAGUCCGGUGCCUCCGUUGCCGAUUGCUGUUCUUUUUUGUGUACCAUUCUUUAUCAUCCACACAUAGAAAGAGGAAGAAAUUCUGCAGUGAAUGAAGAUUCCUCUGCAUUUUAGCAUUGCUUUUUCUACUGUAGUUGGCUUUUGAAUGAGGAUGACAAUGGAAGAGAUGAAGAAUGAAGCUGAGACCACUUCCAUGGUUUCUAUGCCUCUCUAUGCAGUCAUGUAUCCCGUGUUUAAUGAGCUAGAACGAGUAAAUUUGUCUGCAGCUCAGACCCUGAGAGCCGCUUUCAUUAAGGCUGAAAAGGAAAAUCCAGGCCUCACACAAGACAUCAUUAUGAAAAUAUUAGAGAAAAAAAGUGUAGAAGUUAACUUCACUGAGUCCCUUCUUCGUAUGGCAGCUGAUGACGUAGAAGAGUACAUGAUUGAACGACCAGAGCCAGAAUUCCAGGACCUGAAUGAAAAGGCACGGGCACUUAAACAGAUUCUCAGUAAGAUCCCAGAUGAGAUCAAUGACAGAGUGAGGUUUCUACAGACAAUCAAGGAUAUAGCUAGUGCAAUAAAAGAACUACUUGAUACAGUGAACAAUGUCUUCAAGAAAUAUCAAUACCAGAACCGCAGGGCACUUGAACACCAAAAGAAAGAAUUUGUAAAGUACUCCAAAAGUUUCAGUGACACUCUGAAGACAUAUUUUAAAGACGGCAAGGCAAUAAAUGUGUUCAUAAGUGCCAACCGGCUAAUUCAUCAAACCAACUUGAUACUUCAGACCUUCAAAACUGUGGCCUGAAAGUUGUAUAUGUUAAGAGAUGUAUUUCUCGGUGGCAGUAUUAAACUGCAUUUAUCUGUAAAUUUUAAAGUUUGACUGUAUAAAUUAUCAGUCCCUCCUGCAGGGAUCUAAUCCAGGAUGUUGAAUGGGAUUAUUGCCAUCUUACACCAUAUUUUUGUAAAAUGUAGCUUAAUCAUAAUCUCACACUGAAGAUUUUGCAUCACUUUUGCUAUUAUCAUUCUUUUAAGAAUUAUAAGCCAAAAGAAUUUACGCCUUAAUGUGUCAUUAUAUAACAUUCCUUACAAGAACUGUAAAUAUUGGUGUUUGUUUCUGACAUUUUAACUUGAAAGCGAUAUGCUGCAAGAUAAUGUAUUUAACAAUAUUUGGUGGCAAAUAUUCAAUAAAUAGUUUACAUCUGUUAAA